AUGUCAGCGGAAAUGCAGCAACAGUUCAUCAACGGCUAUGCGAUUCAUCAGGAAUUUGCGGGAGCUUCGACUCAGGAGGGGUAAGAAAAAAAUUUUGAGACUUUUAUGACAUGUCAGAGUAAAAUUUCCAAAAAUUAUGCAAAAAAAUUUAUCGGGCAGUGACCUUAAAUUUGAAUAGGAAGUUGAAAAAAUCCAUCAUUAUGACGUCUUUUUUUGAAAAAAAUCUGUCAUCAUGACGUAUUUCCAAGACAAAAAAAUGGGCGAAAAAUUACGCAGGCUGAACUUUUUUCUCUUAACUUCCAAAAAAUCCGUCAUCAUUUCAAAAAAUCCAUAAAAUAUGUCAUGAUGACACAUUUUUUAGAAUUUUUUCAAGAGUUGCAGAAAGUGAUUUUUGAUAUGCCAGAUGCAUUUUUAUCCCCAAAAAAUUCGGAUUUCACGUCUUCGAGCCUUCUUUUUCAUCAAAAAAUCCCAAAAGCAUGCAUUGUGCGACCAUAAAAAAUCCUCGAAACUUUUGCAAAAAUUACAAGUUUAAAGCAAUAAACUUGCAAAUCGAAUUCGAAAACGAGCAUUUUAUUGUAUUAUCCCCAAAGAUUCGUUAAAUUGGAAUCCCUCCCCAUCUUCCACGAGGGCAAAACGAAGGCUUUUUCUUCGGCGGCCCCCCGAAAAAGAAUUCGAAACGGGCCACGAGAAAGAGCGAGCCCAAAAGAGCGCACGGCACGUUCGGGGAAAUCGAGCGCUGCCCUGCGGGGCCGCAUGCAAGUUUCGCGCUGGGGUUUGGAAAUUCCACGCUCAAUUCGACGGUGUCCAAUGUUCCGGCGGGGCGCGGGAAGAGUGUGGAAACUGGGAGGAAAUUUUGGGAAAUUUUUUGUCCAAGUCUUCGAUUUCUUGGAAAUAUACGUAAAUAUUAGAUUCACUAUGCUAGGCUCGGCUCUGCACAGUGGUUUGCUUAAAUUUUAUCAUCAAUUUUUCACCUUUGACAUCAAAUUUAUAGUAUCUAUGAGAUCAUAAAAGCUUGGCAUAUUGUUGCAGGAGAAGAAAAAUGUGUGUCUGAUGGUCUUACUAUGUUGUUUGCAAACCUAUCCAGUCCAAUCUUACUUCUUAAGAUCGUUCUACAAGGUCUUCGGGUCCCACCACGAAAGCUUGGCAUUUUGUGUCAAAUGCUGAAAAUUGCAUCAAAAUGAUUUUUAAAGCCUCUAUCAACUUGCUGAACACUUUUUAUGCGAUGUUCAUAGCUUUGAUUACUUUUCCCGGGUCCCACCACGAAAACUUGGCAUUUCGUAAUGAGCUAUGGAAAUGGUCCAAAAUUGAACGUGCAGAGAUUAUAAACGUUUCCGACCAUUUUUUAGCAAAUUUUCUGACCUUUGUCUACCAUGGGUUACUGUAUUUUUUACCUUUCUUCCUUACCACCACAAAAAAUCAAUUUUUUAUAUUUACAACCCACUCUUUUCGUAGUACUCCAACCUUAAACCCGGCGGGAAUUCGUAGUUUUGAAGGUCUUUUCUGAUCCGGAUUUCGCCUGCAUUCGAGCCUUCCAAGAGGGCAGAUAUGGGAUGACUGCGAUUCGCUCUUCCUGACUCAAAAUUCCUUCCCCCUUCCUUUUCGUUGCAUGCCUUUCGAAGAGCGGCGAGGAGGAUCCGAAACUCUGAUCAAGGAUUUCGAGGCUACGAAGGGUUGACUUGCUGCAGCGAGGGCGUUUAUACGGGUAAUUUGUUGUUUUAGCUAGUUUUUGGAGCUUUUUGGUGUGGAUCACGUCAUAAAACGAAAAUAAAUCUUGAGAUAUAAGUUGAUUUUUGCUUUUAUGACGUUGCCGUCUCUUAUUUUUCGAUUUUAAGGCGGUUUUGAGCAAUUUCGAGGGUUGUUGCACAAUGCCAAGAUUGGUGGGAAAUUUGAAAAUAUGUGUAAUUUUGGGGUUUUUUUGACGAAUAGUUAUCCUUACUGAUACUCUCUUUACUUCCCAACAUUGCUUUUGAUGUUUCUGAGGUUGCAACGGAAUGCCAAGAAUCCCGAGAAAUUCGAAUUUUCUCAAAAUUUUUGCCAAUUUCUUCCCGAAAAUUCCCCGUAUUUGCUGCAAAAAGGCCUCAUGAAGUGUUUUCGGCAGUUUCUCCUACAAUAUUCCCCAAACUGGCCCCCGAGCCCGACUUUUUUUUGUUAUCCAUGGCACUGAUAGCCCGGAGAAUUUGAUUAUAUCCGGCAAAACAUGUUUUGUUGAUAUUGAAUUUGUGGAAAGAGGAUUGCCGACCUUUGGCCGUGUUUCCACGCCGCAAUAACAUGUGUAAUUCUGUCGCUUAUUCUUCCAACUUUUUUUUGCGCCGUUCCGGGGAUUGGGCCCGGCCCCUCCACAGUCACGCAUACUGGAUGGGUAUGAUUUUUGGUGGAGUCAUUAAUAAAUUAGCCGGUGGCGUUUCUGCAAGAAUUUCGGAGGCGCUGGAACAAAGUGCGGCUGCACUUCCGUCGCUUUUUGUGAGAUUGGUCUUAUGGUGAAGAUCGUUGAUAAAAGAGCAUAUUACAACUCAAUUAGUUAAUUGAAAAUUUUUUUAUUGCGUCUGUAUAUAGUGGAUAGUCGGGGCGUUUCUCAAUUUUCAAAUAAUGCCAAAUUGAGGAUGUCAUCAUGACGGAUUUUCUGGAAAUUUUAAGGAAACCACGUCAUUAUGGUGUCCAAAAAUUUUUAUGCGGUAUGUUUACACUCCAUAUGUCAUGGUCAUGCUGAUUAUACUUUUUUCUAUCGUUUGUAAAAUAUGUCAUCAUGACGGAUUUUUUGGAAAUUUUCUUAAAAAUUCGAACUUUUAGUGCUAGAAUUUUUUCGGAAGCUAUUGAGACGCAGUAGAGCAUAUUUCAAAAAUUUAUUUCGUAUUUUAGUCACUGAUUAAAUGUGUCAUCAUGACACAUUUUUUGGAAAUUCCUCAAAAUCACUCUGUCUUCCCAUUCUUCAUUUUUGCCGUUUUUCGAGUAAUUGUAAGCAUUUUUAAAAGAAAUUUAGGCCUUGUUUUCAAUUAGUAAUUGAAUGUUUUUACUCGGUAAAUCCCCUCUCCGCUCUCCUUUCCUUCGUAUUUCCAAUUUUCUGCACGCUAAUUGGGUGUUCAUUUCCACGGUAACAUUCGAAUGUAAACCCCUCCACACACACACACACACACAAAAUGUCAUCCUUUUUGCAUGUUUUUUCGGCCUCACGUUCGGUGCCCGCAGGGCCGCAAUGUUCGCGGCGUGGUGGAAACGUUUACAUUCUCCGUUGGAAUGAAGACGACGGAGCCCGCAGGAGAAGAAGAAGAAGACGGCGAAGAAGAAGAAGGAGGGUUCGACACUGUUUCUUCUUCGUCGUCGUCGUCGCGGCCCCGCGGACCCGAGAACAGUGGAGAGAAAGAAGGGAGAGCCGAAGCAAAAGGGGGGUCUUGUCGCCCCCCACUCUUCCACAUCCCUCUCUCUCGCCCGCUCUCUCUUUGUCGCUUUUUGUGUGCACGGCUCCCGCUCUUUCCACCCCAAAAAGACAAUAAGCGGGGCGAGCGGGCCGACGUUCGGACAGUGCCGGAUCAGCUGACUGGGGCGGGUUCCAUCGAUGGGCAAACGGAAUAUCGAUUCGAGCGGAAUGCGGAAAGGUCUUCGAAUUUUUGAUGUUUGGGAUAUCGCACGUGAUAUGGGGUCUCUAAAUUUUAUGAAAACAUAGAAUGGAAUUUUUUUUAAAUAGUUGAAGAAGCCGGAGUUCUUCAACCAUUAUUCUAGGCCUUGAAGAAUGGUUAGGAGCUUGACUUGUUUGUAAUUUGUCCUCUAGUCGCCUUAAUUAAGCUCUUUUUUACAGUGGAACCUCUGUACAACGAACUCCCAAACAACAAAACCUGUCUAUAACGGACAAUUUCAGAGGUAUCUAGGGUAAAUUUUAGGCCAAAAUGGACCCCCAUUUGUCUCUUAGUCGCCUUAAUUAAACUCUUUUUUUAUAGUGCAACCUCUGUAUAACGAACUCCUAUACAACAAAAACUGUCCAUAAUGGACAAUUUUAGAGGUAUCUAGGGUAAAUUUUAGGCCAAAAUGGACCCCCAUUUGUCUCUUAGUCGCCUUAAUUAAGCUCUUUUUUAUAGUGCAACCUCUGUACAACGAACCCCCAUACAACAAAAGCUGUCCAUAACGCACAAUUUCAGAGGUAUCUAGGGUAAAUUUUAGGCCAAAAUGGACCUCCAUACAAUAAAAACCUUUCUAUAACAAAUAAAUUUUUUGAGUCCAUUAUGCUUCGUUUUACAGAGGUUUGACUUUGUUUACGAAACGUAAAGACAUGUCAACGCUUUUUGGCCCGCCUAUCAGUCUGUCGGGAAAAUGAUGUGGAUCUGUCGCAACUAGAAAUUUCAUCGCUUUGCGACAUCUAGCGCCGGCUGAAAAUUUGCUGCGCGAGAUUUUUUGCUGCGACAAAAAUUUUGAGACCUCUCCCGCAACAAUCCACAUUAUUUCCCCGACAGACGGAUGCUAGUAUCUUUGCCUUUCGUAUUUCAAUUUCUCGAUUUCCACAUGCAUUUUUUUGGAGAGGUAGAUGAUCAUAGACCACUUUUUUGUUUCUCUUUUUCCUCAUUCUUUUUGUUAUACCAACAAAAAAAUCUCCAAGUACUUUUUGCUAGCCACCCCAAAAACAGGUUGCCAGUGGAGUACAAAACAAGUGUCAUGUAGAUUCCUUUUACAAUAAAAAAGAGUUUGGGUGCUAUUGAAACCCUCGAAUGUCCUUAUAUCACUCUGUCGGGAAAAUAAUGAGCACUCUGUCGCAGCAAAAAUCGCAUCGCCGAGGCGAUGAAUUGUGUCGCGGAGAAAAUCAAAUUGCUUUUCGCAUCAGCGACACAAUUUUUGAUGCGAAAAGAUGCUCAUUAUUUUCCCGACAGACUUAUAAUUCAAAAAAAACACCCUAUUUCAACAAUAGUUAUCGCAUAAUCGGGGAUUUUCAAAAUUUUGGGUCCCACCACGAAAACUUGAAAUUUCUAAAAAUCAGAGAAAUCGGUCAAAAAAGCGCUCAUUAUUUUCCCGACAGACUGAAACUCACUUUUCAAUGGUACCCAAAAAUUUCUGUUGUUGUGAAAUGAACCUACAUUUUGACCUGAUCCAGUGGUAAAAAACGUGCCAUUUUGCAUCCGGGAAGUAUCAAAAAUGUGGCAAAAUGCCUCCAUCUCCAAGUGAAAAAACUUUGAUUUCAAAAGUGCGCCCGCUCUUUUUGUGAGGCGCCCUACAAAACAGAGCUUUUUUAGUUGAAGAGGGAGGCAUUUUGCCACAUUUUUCGGUACUUCCCGGAUGCAAAAUGGUACGUUUUUUGCCACUGGAUCAUUUCCGUCACUGUAGAUAAUGAGGGCAUUCAUUUUUCUUAACUUUUCAAGAUUUUUUUUGUUGUAAAAUGAACCAGCAUAAGGAUGUUUUGUACUCCAUGCAACUGUUUUGCGCCCCCAAAAUUUUGUUGUCCUUCGAUUCCUCGUACAGGUUGGCCAUAUAAUACUCCGAAUUUGUAUUCCUGUUUUUACACAGAAUACGUUCUGCGAAUGUCCAUUAAUUUGAUUAUUUUUCGAUAAUUGUAAAAAACAUCCCACCUCGCGGUAUCCGUUGAGGGUGAUUUGGCCGGGGAAAGCCGUUGGAAAGUGUAGUUUUUGUUUUGUUUGAGGGGCUAAGAAGGCGUUGUAGGAGGGGAAUUAUUAUUUUGCGGAUAGUAAAUGAGAUGUAAAAUGUGUGAGUUUGAACAUAGUUGGAUGGGUUGUUUAAUACCGAUGUUUUCGCGGUGAGACCAAGAAUUCAAGACUGUCAGUCUGUCGGGAAAAUAAUGAGCACUCUAUCGCAGCGAAAAUCGCAUAAAAUGAAUCUCAUCAUUUUCCCGACAGACUGAAGUCAAAAUACGGUCAGUCCGUCGGGAAAAUAAUGUGGAUGGUCACCGCAAAAUGUCUCGCAUUGCCGCAGGCGCGCUCCAAAUCUGCAGCCGCGGCUAGCCGUCGCAAAGCUUUCAAGGCUCGGAAAAUCCACAUUAUUUUCCCGCCAGACUGAUAGAGACAGUCAAUAUAAGUCUGUCGGGAAAAUAAUGAGCACUCUGUCGCAGCGAAAAUCGCCGCCGAGAAGAUGAAUUAUGUCGCGACAAAGUCAAAUUGCUUUUCAAUUCAGCGACGCGAUUAGCCCAGCGACUUGCGCUCAUUAUUUUCCCGACAUAUUGAUAGUUGAAAACUGCAACGUAUUUCGACAAUAGUUAUCGCAUAAUCGGGGCUUUUCAAAGUUUUGGGUCCCACCACGAAAACUUGAAAUUCCUAAAAAUCAGAGAAAUCGGUCAAAAAAGCGCAACGACAGUUUGCUCAUUAUUUUCCCGACAGAAUGAAACUCACUUUUCAAUCUGUUAUUUACAAGGAAGGGGCUAGAUUUCGUUCAAAUUUUCCAAAGGCCCUUUCUAUGGUCCAUAAAUCAAUCCGCUGAUUUUUUAUCCCGCUUUUCGCUGCGAGAGCCGGGUUGUUCAGCAAUCUUUGCAGAUAGGAGAAAAUGGAAAAUCUUUUUCCCGUUUUUCUCUCCCCUUAUUUUCCAUAGUCCCUUCUCUUCAAAGAUGGUCGAAUUUUCCGACUGCACAUUCAAAGUGCGAAGUGAAAUUUCCAGGGAUUGACCUGUGAAGCCUAUAGAGGACCCCCUAUAACGUUUUCUCAAAGUUAGUUAUUAUUGACAUUAAUAUUUUCAUCAAGUGCAUGACCACUUUUUCCUUUUGCAAUACAGUGCAUUUUGAACUUUUCCCCUUUAAAAUUUAUAACCAUCAUUAUUCGAAAUCUCGCAUUUUACCUACCACUCCGCGUGCCUCAGCGGACGCCACGUGGAGGGUAUCGAAAACUAAUCAAAUUAAUGGACAUGGGGCCUCAAGUGGGACUAGCGUUCUGUCGAAAAAUAAGGGGGGAAUUAAUGCUAUUUACAGAGAAGCCACUUUACAACGGACCGCAAGAAAACAAAAAAUUUUGUUUGUUAUAUCGGUCUGUCGGGAAAAUAAUGUGCUCAAUGUCGUUUCGACAAACGCAUCGCUGAAGUAAAAAGCGAUUUGAUUUUGUCGCGAUACAAUUCAUUUCGUCGGCGGCGAUGCGAUUUUCGCUGCGACAGAGUGUUCAUUAUUUUCCCGACAGACUGAAAAUACAAAAAAUAUAUUUUUUGGGCCAUUCUGCAGGGGUUUUACAAUAUUUUUUUUUCAAAAAAUCUCGUUUUUUUUAUUUUUUUCGUAUCACUAUUGCCUUUGCCGUAAUUCGUAAAAUCCCGUCGCCAUAACUACCGUAAUCCCCAGCCGAAUAUCCGAACUCUCUCUAGCAAAGUUGUCCGUCUUUGUUGCUACAAUAGAAACACUUCUCCUUCCCCACCUUUCCCCUCCAUUCCGCGCGUCUGCAGUCGAUUCCAGAAAGCGGGGCGAGUCUUCUUCUUCCCUCUCCUUCUCCAGAGCGAGGAAUUCGCGAGGGAGAACGACUUUCGGGAACAAUUCGGACGUGUGUUGUGGAAGGGUGGGGGAGGGCUCGUCGUCGACGCGUUUCCAAUUGUGCGGUGUUAUGAAACGACAACCGGUGACGAAUUCCUCCAACUUUUCUUGUUUUGUAAUCAAGUAUUACCAGAAGAUUUUUGCGCAAUUCCUGAGCGUUUCUGAGAAUUUUCCACUUUUCAGCGGGACUGCAGCAAAGUUUACGGGGUUGGGGAAAUUUGUGUGCGAAAAUAUUCCGGAUUUUUCCAUUGUGCUGGGUUUUUGAGAGUCCGGAAUUUUGCACAGUGCAGAUUUUUUUUGAUAUUAAAAAUUUUGCACUGUGCAGAAAACUUGGAUUUCGCACGGUGCAGUGAAUUUUUUGAAGUCGAAAUUUUGCAUUGUGCAAGAUUUUUUUUAUUUUGAAAAUUUUGCACUGUGCAGAAAGUUUGGAUUUCGCACGGUGCAGUGAAUUUUUUGAAGUCGAAAUUUUGCAUUGUGCAAGAUUUUUUUUAUUUUGAAAAUUUUGCACUGUGCAGAAAGUUUGGAUUUCGCACGGUGCAGUGAAUUUUUUGAAGUCGAAAUUUUGCACUGUGCAAGAUUUUUUUGAUUUUGACAAUUUUGCACUGUGCAGAAAAUUUGGAUUUCGCACGGUGCAGCAGAUUUUUCGCCAUCAAAUUUUCGCACUGUGCAAGAUUUUUUUGAUUUUGAAAAUUUUUCAAUUUUUAGAAAAUUUGAAUUCUGCACUGUGCAGAAAAUUUUCUCAUCAAAACUUCUACAUAGUACAGAUUUUUUUGAUUUUCAAAAUUUUGCACUGUGCGAAAAAUUUGGAUUUCGCACAGUGCGGUGAAUUUCUCGUCGCGAAAUUCCGCACUGUGCCAUCGCUCCUCCUCACUUCCAAAUCUCUUUUGCACCGUGCGGAUCCAUUUCUUCUAUUUCCUUUUCUGCACGGUGCAACAAAAGAAUUCAAAAACAUGGGGUCGCACGGUGCAAAAUCCGAAAAAAUUUAGUUUAAAGAAACGCUUCCUUUGCUCGCCCCAAUGGCAUUGUGCUUGACACUGUCUUGAAUUAGAGCAUCAAUGAGCUAUUCGGCUGGCUUUAAAGGGGUUUAAAAGUUGAAUUUUUAGGGUUUUUGGGGCUAAAAAUCUCGGGGAUUUUUGCACAGUGCGAGUUAAAAAUUUCGAAUUAGAUUACCACUCCUAGAAAAAUGAGGAAUUCUUAUCUUAAUUGGUGACCAGUUUCACUGGGAUCUGCCUAUUGCAAGAUUUUUCUAAAUUUUCAAAAAAUAUGUCAUCAUGACACAAUUUUUUUACAAUUUUUUUUGUCAAGUUCUUACUCAAAUGUAAUUGAUUGACAGUCAUACAGAGUUUAAAUAAUUUUUUUUUCCGAAUGUCAUCAAUUUUUUUUUAAAAUUCCAUAAAAUAUGUCAUGAUGACACGUUUGAUUUUGCAUUUGUUUGUCAAUUUCUUACUCUAAUCUAGUUGGUUGAUAGUCACACUGGCCCUAAAAAAAUUCUCUCCUAAUGUCGUAAAUUUUUAAAAAAAUCCAAAAAAUAUGUCAUGAUGACACUUUCGAUUUUGAAUUUUUUUGUUUUUUUAUUGCAAAAAUUAGGGUCAUAGAGCUUCAUACUAGUUGGAAAAAAUUUUUUCUGCUCUACUAUUUCAAAUCAACCUCAAAAUUUGAUAAAAUUGCGUCAUCAUAACACAUUUUUUUCCUAGUCGUACAACUUGUAAAAAGCAAUUUUUUGGCGUCCAAAUCAACCUCUAAGCUCCCGGAAAAUCAGUUUGUUCAGGUUGCAGAUUAUGACUCACCCUGCGGUUGUUUUGCCCGAGGCAGUUCCGUCAAUCAGGCUUUCCAUUUCCCACUGUUUUUCCCCCCGCGACUCCUCCUUGUUUACCCGUCCAUUUGUUGUUGUUUUCGAGUCGAAAAAAAUGUGUUUUCGUUGGCGAAAAACGUUAUUCAUGUCAAGAUUUCCACCCCGAAAGCGGCGUGCCCUGCGGGGAUGACGUCAAUUUUUGUUGAGGGCCCCGCGAAACGCAAUUAAAACUCGGUGCCACGGAAGGUUGGGCCGUAAUGAGGACGGAGAUUUCAAAGUUUGAGUCUUACUCUCCGCCCGGUUUAUCAACAUUUACUGUGUGGAGGAAUUUUGAAUGGAACUUUAAUUUGAGUUUUGGGGGAAUGAAAUUUUUUGGAAAAAUACGUCAUCAUGACAGAAAAAUGAGUUUGUAAAAAGUCAUAAAAAUUUUUUUAUACGAAUUUUAACUGUGUGACAGAUUUUUGAAACGAGGGAAAUUGAUAUAGUCGUAUUUUAAAAGUUGUCAUAAUGACGGAUUUUUUGGAAUUUUUUGGUAAAUUGGCGAUUUUAGAUUUGUAAAAAUUAAUAUUGCCCCAAUGAAGCUCCUUGAAAUUUACUUUGCAUAAUAAUUGGCAAAUAUUUGAGAAUAAAAGAUGUCAUGAUGACGGAUUUUUUGGAAUUUUUUGGUAAAUUGGCGAUUUUAGAUUUGUAAAAAUUAAUAUGGCCCCAAUGAAGCUCUUUGAAAUUAACUUUACAUAAUAAUUGACAAAAUAUUUGAGAAUAAAGGUGUCAUGAUGAUGGAUUUUUUGGAAAUUUUGAACAUAAACGGAUGAAAUUUAUGAUAUAUCAAUUAUAGAAUUGUUAAGGCAUUUUUGAGAUUUUUAACUUGCGUUUUGCAGAAAAAAACUAUGUUUUUAGGUCGGAAAAUGUAAAAAAUUCAAAAAUUUUUUGAAAUUUUCAAGGUCAAAAAUUCAAUUUUUUGUCAAUUUAAAGGAUAAUGAAAAAUAUGUCAUCAUGGCGGAUUUUUUCGAGACGAAAUUUUAAAAUUUUUCCAGGAUUUUCUUAUCGUGUAAAAAAAAUUUUUUUUUUAUUUUUCAAAAAAUUUUUUUUCCAGAUACGGGACCUUCGACCCGAGCACGAGUAUGAGCUCUCAGGUCGCCAGCUCCAUCCCGCAUCACCCCAACAUGCCGCAGCCGCAAGCCAACGGCUACGCGAACCAAAUGUCGAUGAACUCCAUGCAUCUGCAGCAGCAAUUCCAUCCCAGCAUGAAUCCGAACGCGCAGCCGCAGAAUUGGAGCGGAAACAUGUCGAAUCAACAGCAAGACUUUCACAUGUACAACCAGCAGCAGCAGAAUAUGAACAUGCAGAUGUAUCAGCAGGGCCAGAUGAGUCAGCAGCAGAUGAUGCAGAUGCAGCAACAGCAGCAGCAGAAGAAGGGCGCGCAGAAGCGGAAGAACGGGCAAGCGCCGCCGCCCGCCAACGGUAGGCCCGUGAAGCAGCCGUUCAUGGGCCAGGGAUUCCAACAACAGCAAUACCCACAAGGCUACAAUGGAAUGAUGCAGCAGCAGCCGGUCACUCAGCCCAAUACCAUGAACAACUAUAAUGGAGGCAUGCAACAACAGAAUGCACCCAAUAUGGGGCAGUAUCAAAAGUAAGUUUGUAAAAAAUUUUUAAAAAAUCAUCAGAACUCACUGCACGGUGCGGUAAAUCAAAAAAAAUUUCCGCACUGUGCAAUGAGUUUGAUUUUCCGUCCGCACAGUGCAUUAACAAAGAAAAAAAAAUUGUCGCACAGUGCAAUCCAUCUUUGUUUUUUCCACUGCACGGUGCGGGAAAUCAAAAAAAAAUUUCCGCACUGUGCAAUGAAUUCGAUUUUCCCUCCGCACAGUGCAGUAACAAAGCAACUAAUUUUGUCGCACAGUGCAAAAAAAUAUGAAAAUUUCUUGCACAGUGCAAAAAAUUUUAAAAAAUAAUUUAAAAAUGAUUUUCUUAGGAUGUAACUGCUCCAAAAAUUUUUUUAAAAGUACCUAAAUAAUCUUCAACUAUUUUUUUAAUUUCAAUUUUUCCAGCUACAACCAGCAAUGGAUGAAAGACGCCGUGAAAAGAGAGCUCCGCAACACCGUUGUUGCGCGUCAAGCCGUCUCCCCGAACCAAGCCCAACCAAACAUGCCGCAGGGCAUGAACAUGAUGCCCGAAAUGGAGAUGAACAACCGCUUCGCGGGCACCUCCUCCACCCCGCCCAAUCACAACAUCAUGACGUCGCCGCGCAUGAUGAACAAUAUGCCUUAUGACUACCGUAAUAAUAUUGCGCCGCCGGUGCAGAACCCGCCGCAACAACGCCCAGUGCAACAACAACAGUUUUUGCCCGAGUUGAGUUUGGACGAUUGUAAGAGCUAUUUGCACGGAGACGACCCGUCCGCGCCGUUGUCCGCGAUCGAUACGACGAUUAUGGACUUCAAAAUCUGCGAGGAUAAGGUGAGAAAAAUUUUUGGGUCAUGGCGAAGCUUUCAAAAAAAAAAUAUUUUUUUGCACGGUGCAGUCAAUUUUUAGGCUCAAAAUUUUGCACGGUGCAGUCGAUUUUUUGAGAAAAUAAAAUCUGCACAGUGCAGACGAUUUUUUAAGAAAACAAAAUCUGCAGGUGCAGUCACUUUUUAGUCUCAAAAUUUGCACAGUGCAGUAAUUUUUAGCCUCAAAAUUUUGCACAGUGCAGUAAUUUUUGGUCCCAAAAUUUUGCACUGUGCAGUAAUUUUUGGUCCCAAAAUUUUGCACUGUGCAGUCGAUUUUUUGAGAAAAUAAAAUCUGCACAGUGCAGUGAAUUUUUAGUCCGGAAAUUUCGCACGGUGCAGUCAUUUUUUAGUUCCAAAAUUUUGCACGGUGCAUUCGAUUUCUCCCGAAGAUAAAAUCUGCACAGUGCAGGCAAUUUUUCAAGAAAAUAAUAUCUGCACGGUGCAGUCUUUUUAGUCCGGAAAUUUUGCACUGUGCAAUUUUUCCGGAAAAAUUGCACAGUGCAGAUUUUUUAUUUUCAAGAAAACAAAAUCUGCACAAUGCAGUCACUUUUUAGUCUCAAAAUCUGGCACUGUGCAGUCAAAUUUUAGUUCCAAAAUUUCGCACAGUGCAAUUUUUUCCCAAUAAAAUCUGCACGGUGCAGUCAUUUUUUCUCCUCAAAAUUUUUGCACUGUGCAGUUUUUUCUUUUUAAAUUUUUAGAAUUUUAUUGUAACAUACGACGAACAGACUUGGGAAAUCUCUAAUCCAAAUCCAUUUCAGUUCGACAUGGACAACGAGGACACCCGAAAAUUUGUCCACAAACUGCUCAGUUAGGCCUCAGAAACCUCUGGAAGAAUCGAAAAAAAACCCCCCAAUAAAAAUUCGAAACCUCUGGCGAUUCGACCCAAAGAACGCGCCGUCCUGAUCUCGGUACACAUUGUUUUCAUUUUGUUCUCUUCAACCUCCACCAUUAAUUUUAUGCAGAUUUAUGCAAACUUCAGUCCAUUUCCUCUGAUAUCGAUCAUUUUUUAGCGAUUUUUUUGCUGAAAAUUUGAUGAUUUUUUGUCGAAAAAGGAGUCCAAAAUUUUUUUGAAAUUUUACAACUUUUGGCCUUAAAAAGUAGUUAAAAAGUAAUGUCUCAGAUGCAGCUGAAACUUGGCGAAAAUCUAAAUUGGCAUUUUCUAAGACAUUUCUGAGAAUUUUAGAUCGCGUUAUGCGGAAAUAUCCGCGUUAUGCGAGAUAAAAAAUUCAAAAAUUUCAAAAAAUUUUUUCGGCUAAAAAAUCAAAAAAUCCCGUUUUCAACGAAUUUCAUCAAAUUUUAUUCACUAUUUCAACUAUUAUUAUCCGUGUUUCCUAACUUCCCCGAACAAACUUCUAUCCCGAAUUAUUAAUUAAUAUUGUAAUAGCCGCUGUUAUCACAUCCCGAAUGACUGUAUGUAUAUUUUGUUGACCCUCUUUUUUGUUGUGAUAAUUCCCCCCGAAUUCCAUUCGUAUCUCAUCGGCUUAAAAUUGGGAUUUUUUCGAAAAAUUAAAAAAAAAAUUUUUUAAUUUUUUGAAAAUUUUUUAAUUUUUUGAAAAAAUUUCAAUUUUUAGCCGAUAAAAUUUUGAUGUGAUCUUGUUUUUAGAGGUAAAAAGUAGUGUAAAAGUUAUUAGUAAAUUCCGAAAUUUUGAAAAAAUUUUUUUUUUUUUUUUUAUUUUGAUACCUUUUUUGAUAUUAUUUUAGACAAGAUCACAUCAAAAAACGCUCUGCUCUUUCCAAUUUCCGAUUCAAAAAAAUCUUUUUUCCGCACUUUCACAUCUCCAAUAGACCCCCAUUUAGCGCGACAAAUAUCAUUCUGUGUACAUUGUUAGACGACUGUAUUUAUUCUAUCCGAUGUUAUAUUGUAUUGUGUUGACAAUAAAUCGAGUUUUAAUAAUUUUUAUGCAAAUUCUGCCGAUUUAUUUGUAAAAUUCGAGCCAAAAAAAUUUUUUAAACAAAAAAAAUCAAAAAUUCCCUGAGGCAUUUUCUCCCGUUUCGCCGCCUUCUCAAUGCAAACAGCCUUGUUGACCGAAAAGAACACAACGUAAUCUAGUGUUUACUAUCGUAAAAAUUGGUGACAUCAUUUGGUUCAGAGCGACAAUUUUUAAAAGUCAAAAAAAUUAAAUUUUUGACAAAAGCAUAUGAAAAAUCUGUUGUGAUGACAAAAUAUAGUCAUUGAAGUUGCUGUAAAUUUCUUCAAAAUUAUCUUAAAAGAGCUGACUAAUAAAGAGGUGGCUUUGUCUCCACUUUUUUCACCUAAAAUACGCGAAAAACACCGUAUUUUAGGCAAAUUUGGGGGAAAAAAUAGGAAAUCAUUGAUUUACUAUGUGUGUAAUAGCCUGAAAUUUCUCUAGAUAGCUUGAAUUUUAUGUGGAAAGGCUUGAUUCAUUUUUCUAAAUCCAUUUUUGCGACAAAAACACGUUAUUUUAGACAGAAAUCUUAAAAAAUCGCAAAUUUUUGCCAAAAAAAGCUCAAUUUUCAUGAUUUUUAAUUAAAAUCAAGCUUAUUACACCGAGAUCUCUCCAUGACAAAUUUUAUUUUAUCUAGAUUACUCUAUAACAACUAAUUUCAGACCUUUUUUUCUCAAGUUUAUAUAAAAUUUGCUCUUUUUACUAUAGCUCCCAUUGUGUAACCACCAAAAUUUUCGAUUUCUUGUAAUCCCUUGCAACCCCAUGCCAUUACUAUUUACCAUCAUCGCAAAACCUUGUGACAUCGCCCGGUUGACCGGUUGUUUUUCCCCAAAGUCAUUUCGCACCGUGCGAAUCCGCACUCGAGUGGGCGUGGCCUCGAAUGUGUGCCCUUUUCGCGGGGGGAAAGGGAGCGACAAAUGUCGGCGACAGGAGGAUCGAGCGCGCAUUUGUGCGCGUUUCCCCUCCAUUGUGCGGGCGGGUUUUUUCCGUCGCUCUCUCGCUCCGGUUCCGCCACGAGGCGAGAGAGUGUGCGAAAUCGGGAGGGUCCCUCAGAGAACGGAGAGAGUGGGGGAUUUGGAGAGAGUGGGAGAGAACCGAGAGAGUGGGCGAUUUAGAGAGAGUGGGAGAGAAAAAUCGGGAUUGCGUGGAAAACUUGAAGGGCUUGGGCUGGAAAACUGGGAAUUAGACGAAUUUGGAAGGGUCGGCGAAGAUAAACAGAAGCACAGUCGAAAAAUAUGAUGUUAGAAUAGCUGGGGCGAACAAUAUUUGGUUCGAAUUGCGAGAAGUUUGCGGCGGAAUAGCCGGCGGAUUGUUAUUGAUAAGCGAUCGAGUCGGAAGAGAAGGUGAAGGAUCAAAUCGCUUUUAAAGACACUGUUUUUUGUUAUUUCAAAGCUAACGAUCAAAGAAAAAGAGGGGAACAUCGAAAAAUAGAGCAAAAAUAAUAUUAUACUUGGUGUUUGAUCAUUGAAAAUUGGACCAGAAAACGCUGCGUAUUGAAAAUUCUACUCUAGCUUUGACAUUUUUAGGGCUUCAAAAGUGCAUUAGAAGAGUUUGCAGGCAACUUUGACGCCUUUCAAGUUGUUAUUCAGCUAUUUCAAUUGAAAAUUUUAUGUUUUCUCACUGAAAAUCAGCAGUUCAUCCCGUCAAAUGGAAGGAUAUCGAAGAUCAGAGCCCUUUUCGACAUCCUUCCAUUUGAUUUUUAUUAAUUCCGUAGACACAUUCUUUGUUUUCGCCCAGUGUGUGAGCAGCCAUGUGUGCUCUGCACACAGGGUUCGUUCUUCGUGUCGGGUGCGCCCCGACCGAGUCGAAAAGACCGCCGUCGGAGCGAGGGGGGUGCUUUGAGUGAGUGGCCUUCUGGUUGGGGCGAGAAGGGAGGGCUGUGUCCGGGUGGCUGGAAAGAACGGCGGGCCGUGUGUGUGUGUGUUGACUCGUGGUUUCGGUGGGCAAAGCGCCCGAAACGGAGCACACGGGGGGUGUCUGUGUGCGAAGACACCGCUGUUGGUCGAAGACACCGCCGCCGUCGUCGUCGUCCUUUCCACCCCUCCACAAAAACACAUAAACGCUUCGGCGGGCCGUGUGACUACAUUCCCUCUGCAAGUUCGGCGAGGGAAUGUAGUCACACAGCCCAACCUUGCGGGCUGUUCAAGCCGGGGGCCGCCGCCGCACCCCUGCGGGUUUGCACCGCCGCCGCGUUCGGCACCGGCGGCGAUUCCGCAGCGCACGCGACCAACUCCCCGCCGGUGAGCAGCUGCCCCGCACUCGUCGUGUGUGUGUGCGAAGCGCGCGGUGCGACGCCGAGUGCGCAGCAUUGCGUUCCCAGCCCCGCCGAUGAUGAUUUAGUGCGCAGCAUGAGGCCGGGUUCGCGCGUACGUGCGCCGGCCCAGCGUUUGCGCCAUAUUACGCAGGGAACUGUCGCGUUUCGAAUUCGGAUUUCGGAGGUCUUUGCGAAGAAAAGGAGACGUCAGAAUGUUUAAUAACUGUUUUAUGGGCAACAGAGAGCGUAUUGGAUUUGUGGACCUGCCCAAAAUAAUACGAUUAUUGUCCUAUUUCGGAAAGUUUAAUCAACUUUCCAAAAAUGCGACGAAUUGGGAGAAAACCGGGGAACUUGAGUUCCAGCCGACAAAAUGGCUCUUUUUUGCACUAAAAAUCACUUUGCAAGGUGUGAAAAGAAUAAAAGUACCACUCUCCGGGAAUAAACGCGAACUCAAUGGAACCUCUGGCGUGGGUCUGUUCCAGUCGACAAAAAUCUCAUAAAUGAGAUCGAAAAGACCUCGAAUUUGGUAUCAAAAAGUAUCGCAGAGGCGUGAAAAGGCUUGAUUUUGAAGAAAGAGCUGAUCAGCGACCUUUUUGGCCUCCAAACACAAAGGUCAACCUCAACUCUUCAAAAUCUAGCCUUUUUACGUCUCAACAAUACUUUUUCGUACCAAAUUAGAAGUCUUUUUGAUCUCAUUUAUGCGGUUUUUGUCGACUGGUACAGGUCCACGAUAGAGGUUGCAUUGAGCUCGCGUUUAUUCACAGAAAGCGGUACUUUUAUUUUUUUCGCAGCGUCCAAAGCGAUGUUUAGUGCAAAAAAGGGACUGCACGUCAAUCCAGCGCAUUUCCUGAACCGUUUCGAAACUUCGUAUCGUUUUCAUUGAAUUAAAAGAGAGACGAAAUGUCGCGAAAUUAUCGGCACUUUUUCUCGCCCGAAAUCAUUGCUUUUUCUCGAAAAGGAAGAAGAAAGAUAAGAAAAUGCGUUUUAUCGGAUAGUGACAUUUCGUUUUGAACGAAUCACCAAAAAGGGGCGGGAAAUUUUUCCUUCUAUUUUUGCACCGUGCAAAGCGAUUUUUAGUGCAAAAAAGGGGCUGCACAGUGCAGCAUCAAAAAAUUUUUGGAUGGCAGUGACUAGACGAAAGUUUUCUGUAAUUUCUAAAAACUCUGCACUUGUAUGACGUGCUAUUCCGUGCCAGUUUUUGCGCGAUCUCAAAAUUUCGACAAAAAAUUGAGCUGCUCAAAUUUUCAGCGCAACUUUUCACAAUUUACUGUCGCGAGAAGCUGUCGGAAUCGCCCUCGCCGCGUCUCACAACCUCAACCACCGAAGACGUGCUGUGGGCGGCGUUGGAGAGCAACAGCGACAACACCACCAACCAAAGCAACGAAGAGGACCUUCUCCUCGGCAACAACAACCUCCCGCCCAAGCUAGAGCCCUCGGCGGAGGACCAAAAGUGGGAACAGACCUUCGAAACGGUCAAGGCGGUCCUCGAGGACCCCACUUUCCAUCGAUACCAGCGACGGAAAAUCACUCAUAUUGCGUCGAAAAAGAGAAGAUUGGCCGAAGAGAGCGAGGACGAUCGAUUGAGUCGACUGCAACGUGAAGCCGAGGCAAAACGAAGACGAAGAUUGAACGAGACUCCCGAAAAACGACAACGGAGAUUGGCCCUGCACGCGGAAAGAAUGAGGAAAGCGAGGCGAAUUAAUAAAGAAGGGACCGGCACUGUAGUCAGACAGUACAUCAACAACACGUAUACGACGUACACACAGCCUGGUAAGAGUUUGCGAACCGAUUUAGCAAGUAUGAGGUGUAAAAUUGGGAAAAUUUCGAUUUGAUACCUAAAAUAAUAUAAUUUUUGAUGAAAGCUCAUAUUUUUCCCCAAUUUUCUUGGAGAAACGCUCACUUCACUACAAAAAGCUUGUUCUUUAAUUUCAAUCGGGUUGAGAUCAAAUUUGGAAAGAAUAAUGCCAAAAACAUCAAAAAAUUUGAGUUUGUUACCUAAAACAAUAUAAUUUUUGCAAUAGAAUUGCGUUUUUCCUCCGUUUUUUGCAAGAAACGCACGUAAGGCAUUGCAAAAAAGCCUAUCCUUUCUUUUCAAUCUUAGUUUAGGCAUUAAUUUCCCCAUCAAUCAAACGUUUUCUAAAAAAAAUUAUGUUAUCCUUCAAAAAAAAUUUUUUAGAUCCCGAUGAGCCCGCUCAGAUCAGUUAUCAGCCCUCGGAACGGGUCCAGCUGGUCAGCGUGCCCCAGCAUCAGCAAUACCACACACAGCCGGUCAGUCAGGCGUAUCGGAGCAACAACCAACAGCCCACUGUGAUCACCGUACCUCUGCCCCAACAAACUAUGGGGAAUGGACCGGUUACGAUCCAUGUUACGCUCCCCGAAAACCUUCAACCAGGACAACAACAGGUCCUACAAGUGAGUUUGAGGGGUUUUAUGGGGUGUUUGGGAUAAAUUUGAGGGUUUCUGAGGAAAUUUAUAUUGCACUUGAUAGGUAAAGUAAAAGGAACUAGGAAGACUGGGAAAAAAGACGAUUGGGGAAACCGAAAAGUUUUAUUUUUCUUCGAUGCAGUAUCGAAAUUAGGACAAUCGAUGGCGCGGAUUUCGAAAAUGACAUUCAUUUUUUUUUGAUUGUUAUUUUUUCUUUAUGUAGUACUGUAAAGUAGUAAUUUUUUGAUUUUUUUUUUUCAUAAAUACUCAUCGAAAACCCCUACAGUGGGGGACCUGAUCCAGUGGCAUAAAACGUACCAUUUUGCAUCCAGGAAGCAUCAAAAAAUGUGGCAAAAUGCUUCCCUCUUCAAGUGAAAAAACUCCAGAUUUCAAAAGCGCGCCCGCUCUUUUUGUGAGGGGACCCUUCAAAAAAAAGUUUUUUAACUUUGAGAUGUAAGCAUUUUGCCACAUUUUUGAUACUUCACGGAUGCAAAAUGGUGCGUUUUUUGCCACUGGAUCAGUUCCCCAACUGUAAAUCGAGUAUUUGUGAAAAAAAAAUCGAAAAAUUACUGCUUUACAGUACUACUUAAGGAAAAAAGUAAAGAACAAAAAAAAAUGAAUGUCAGUUUCGAAAUCAGCACCAUCGAUUAUCCCAAUUUCGACAUUUGCAUCGAAGAAAAAUAAAACUUUUCGGUUUCCCCAAUCGUCUUUUUCCCCUGUCGUCCUAGUUCCUUUUACUUUACCUAUGAAGUGCAAUAUAAAUUUCCUCAGAAGCCCUCAAAUUUAUCCCAAAAUACUGGUCCCCCGAAAGUAAAAUCAAGGGAAACCCAAUGAUAUUUCAUUGUAUUCGGAGGGAAAAAUGGUCUGCUAGAAAGGAAAAGAGUAUUUUUUUACAAUAACAUUGUCUUUUUCCAGCUCCCUCAUCAACUUUUGAUCCCCGCCCAGGCCGGCCAAUCGAAUCAGUUCGUGCUCGCCCCCGACCAAUACAACAACAACCAGCCCAUGCAUGUGAUCCGCAUUCAAACCCAGCCUUCGCAACCCUCCCAACAGCCCUCGCACAUCAUCAUUCAGGGCCAGCAACCGCAGACCGCGACCCGAACUUUGACCGCCGCUCAAGCCGUUCUCCCGGCGCCAAGUACGAGCCAACCGGAAAGAGUGGUCCCACCGCGGUUCAAGAACCUGACUGAUGAGCAAAUUGCGCGCCGGAGGAAGGCGAAUGCCGAUCGGUCGCGGCGCAGGAGGGCUAUGGAAACUCCGGAACAAAGAGCGGAGCGGAAUCGACGAACCGCCGAAAGAAUGCGCCAAAGGAGGGCGAAAAUCGCUGAACAAAGAGGUAAAAUACACCCUAGCAAGUCUAAUGUGGUAUUUUCUAAAUGCUAAUUAUCAAGUUUUUCAUUUUUGAAGCAAAAAUUAUAUUAUCCAUGAGAUCAAACAUCAAGUAUAAAAUAUUUGUUUUUAGUGCCGCCUCCACCGCCAAAAGUUAAAACACUCUCGGCGGACCGCUUUGAAGAAAUUUAUCGGAGUGUUAUUGGUCGGGCCUGCGAAAACACCAAAGACGAUUCGAAAUCUCCAGAAGCAGAGCAAAAAAAGUCGACGGAAGAGAGUCCUGUGGACAAAUCGUCCGAAGAAGGCUCUGUGAAAGAUGAUUCAACUAAACCGACUGGAUACAGCCCGUAUCAGACCAGUUCGAGCAAUGGCAGCACCUCCGGAAAUAUUAUCCAUGAUCAGGUGGGUAAAUUUAUAAAUCUUAUUAUUUUUGAUAUUUAGAGGUCAAAAUUUGUGACAGAUUCAAUAUUUAUAGAAGGAAUGUGAAUAUACCUUUCUAUUUUCAGCCAUCAUUGAAGCCUGAGGUCAGCCAAACGUAG